CUGAAGGAUCAGAAACUUUAGCUGCUCACAGUUUAUUUCCUGUGGAGGAACCAGGCUGAAGCUUCAGGUUGGACAGAAACACAUCAUCACUGUGGGACUCUGUUCUAAGGGUUAGAGCUAACCUGACCUGUUCCUGUUUCCUGUCAGUGAUCGUCCUGCAGAGUCUGAUAACAAUGAAGUAAAGUACAUGGACCAGUACCAGGUCUGAUACACAGCUGAAAGAUGUCCUAGACGUUAAUGUGAGAGCUAAAGGAUCCUGAUCAAAAAUAACUUAUUGAGUAUUGAUAAUGUUUCCUAAAGGAAUCAAUAGAACAGAACUGAUCAGAGACCAGAACCCUGAGGAGGAUUCACCGUGAAGUGGAUCUGAUGAACAGGACUUAAACCAGUUCUCUGUGGUUCCUUUAAUGACAGUGAACUGUUCCAGUCUCUGUAACAGGAAGUGAUGUCAGCAGGAAGGAAACAUGAAGAAUUAAUCCAGAGAAGAAGAAGAGUUGUUUUGUUUCAGUUACUGUUACUUUAAUCUCAGUUUGUUUUUCUCAUGUUGUUGUUGUUUUGUGUUGUUGUUGAUGUGACUGACAGUGAGCUGGGAGGUGCAGCAGUGCAUGCUGGGUAAAGCCCCUCAGAUGAUCAGGAUGAAGAUGGAGAGAAAACAAAAACAGACGAGAGGGAAAACUGUAAUCCUUAAUCCAACAAGCCCCGCCCCCUCCACACACACACACACACACACACACACACACACACACACACUCUCUCUGGUGUAAACAAAGAGAAUCUGAAAACAACAGGAUUAAGAUGAAGCUGCUCUCUGAUUGGCUGACAGAGCUCAGUGGAGGUAACCAUGGCAACAGGACGACCUGCUGACUCUGUUCAUGAAACAUUAUUAAAACUGAUCAGACUGAGCUGAUACAAACAGAGCAUUAGCAUCAUUAGCAACAUUAGCAACAUUAGCAGAGGGUUCACUACUGUUGAUCUGUUGAUGUGAGGAGCGGCCAUCUUGGAUUCACGGUGUCGGUUCUCUGUAACUGUGACAGAGUGAGACCUCCUGUCUCCACCUCUCUCUGUCUGAGGCUGCUGGCCCUUUAAGAGAGGAGGAGGACAGAGCGCCCCCCCCCCCACAUUGUUCUUUCUCCCGGUGAACGGCGGCUUCUCUCCCGCUGCUCAGACCCGCUACAGGGACCGACACCGACCGGACAGACAGAGACAGGGGGACAGAGAGACGGGAGGACAGGCAGACAGGCGGUCAGAGAGAGAGAGACAGACAGAGAGGAGGACAGAGAGACAGGCAGAGAGAGAGAGACAGGUCUCUGGUUUUCAGCGGCGGUUUGAUUCGGGUCUUUGUGCCCCGGAGGGACGGUGACUGAUGGAUCCACCGGCUCAUACAUGACCGGAGACAGAGACAGACAGACAGACAGACGCUAUGACCGAAGGCACGCGCCGCUGGACCGACAGGCUCGAGCUCAGGUAGCCCAGUGCUGAGACAGCUUGUCAUUGGCGGUUGCCAUGGCGCCCAGACCGUCGUCAGGGGAACUGUGGGGGCUCCAUCUAAUGCCCCCCCGCAUCCUGGUGGACUGCUGCCUCCCCAACGGGAUGAUGGUGAGCCUCGAGUGUCUCAGGGAAACUCCUCUCAUCAGCAUCAAGCAGCAGCUCUUCACUGAGGCCAGGAAGUACCCGCUGCAACACCUGCUGCAGGAGGAGUCGUGCUACAUCUUUGUGGGCGUGACCCAGGAGGCGGAGAGGGAGGAGUUUUACGAUGAGACGAGGCGACUGUGCGACCUCCGACUCUUUCACCCGAUCCUGAAGGUCAUCGAGCCGCUGGGCAACCGGGAGGAGAAGAUCCUGAACCGAGAGAUAGGAUUUGCCAUCGGGAUGCCGGUCUGUGAGUUCGAGAUGAUGAAGGACCCGGAGAUCCAGGACUUCCGGCGCUCCAUACUGAGCGUGUGCAGAGAGGCCAUGGAGGAGAGGGAGGGGGGAGGGGCCCACAGCCAGGCGCUCUACGUUUACCCCCCCAACGUGGAGUCCAGCCCCCAGCUCCCCCAGCACAUCUACUGCAAGUUGGACAAAGGCAGGCUGAUUGUGACCAUCUGGGUGAUCGUGUCUCCGUCUAACUCCAAACAGAAAUACACUCUGAAGGUGAGUCACGACAGUUUACCUGAGCAGCUGAUCGCAGAGUCGAUCAGGAAGAAGAGCCGGUCGAUGCACUUGUCACCUCAACAGCUCCACCUCUGUGUCCAGGAGUACCAGGGCCAGUACAUCCUGAAGGUGUGUGGCUGUGAUGAGUACCUGUUGGAGAAGUAUCCUCUCAGUCAGUACAAGUAUAUCCGCUCCUGUAUCAUCGUGGGUCGCCUCCCUCACCUGAUGCUCGUCUCUAAAGACAGUCUCUACUCUCAGCUUCCUGCCUCAGGCUUCGUCACUCCGUCAUACAGCCAAUCAGGAGCUGGUCCAGGUGUUGUGUCAGCAGGUCCAGGUGUGUUCUGUGUGUGUUUCAGUCGGCGGACUCCUCAGCCAUCUCCCUGUCCAGGAGGAGGUGAUGGUUCUCCUCCUCGCUCCCUCUGGGCCUUCAACACUCUGCUCAGGGUCCGACUGCUCUGCGCCACCUACGUCAACGUCAACAUCAGGGACAUCGACAAGAUCUAUGUGAGGACAGGUAUCUAUCACGGUGGAGAGCCGCUCUGUGACAACGUCAACACUCAGAGAGUCCCCUGCUCCAACCCCAGGUGGAACGAGUGGCUGACCUACGACAUCUACCUGUCUGACCUCCCUCGCUCAGCCAGACUCUGCCUGUCUAUCUGCUCUGUGAAGGGAAGGAAAGGAGCCAAGGAGGAGCACUGUCCUCUGGCCUGGGGGAACGUGAACCUCUUUGAUUAUCAGGACAUCCUGGUUUCUGGUAAAGUGGCUCUCAGUCUCUGGCCCGUCCCUCAUGGACUCGAGGACCUCCUCAAUCCCAUCGGAGUCGCUGGUUCCAAUCCCAACAAGGAGACUCCCUGUGUGGAGCUGGAGUUCUCCUGGUUUAAUCAGACCGUCGUGUUUCCUGACGAGCAGCAGAUAGAAGAACACGCCAACUGGACCAUCAGCAGAGAGCUGGGCUACAACUACUGCCAUGGACUGAGCAGUCGUCUGGCCUGUGACAGCAGUGUUUCAGCAGGAGAUGCUGAGCAGCUUCGUUCUCUCUGCUCCAGAGAUCCUCUGUACGAGCUGUCGGAGCAGGAAAAGGACUUCCUCUGGAGACACAGACAUUACUGUGUGAACAUCCCAGAGUCUCUUCCUAAGCUGCUUCUGUCCGUUAAGUGGAACUCCAGAGAUGAAGUGUCUCAGAUGUACUGUCUGUUGAAGGACUGGCCUCUGAUGGAGCCGGAGUCGGCUCUGGAGUUGUUGGACUGUAACUUUCCUGACCCAAUGGUCAGAGAGUUCGCUCUGCGCUGCCUGGUCCAGGGUCUGACGGACGACAAGCUGUCGCAGUACCUGCUGCAGCUUGUACAGGUGUUGAAGUAUGAGAUGUACCUGGACAAUCCUCUGGCUCGUUUCCUCAUUAAGAAAGCUCUGACCAAUCAGAGGAUCGGACACUUCUUCUUCUGGCAUCUAAAGUCAGAGAUGCACAACAAGACGGUGUCUCGACGCUUCGGUCUGUUGCUGGAGGCUUUCUGCAGAGCCUGUGGCAUGUACCUGAAACACCUGAACAGACAGGUGGAGGCCAUGGAUAAACUGGUGAAUCUGUCUGACACUCUGAAACAAGAGAAGAAAGACGAGACACAGAAAACUCAGAUGAAGUUCCUGGUUGAACACAUGUCUCGUCCAGAUUACAUGGAGGCUCUGCAGGGAUUCGUCUCUCCACUGAACCCUGUUCACCAGCUGGGAAACCUCAGGUUGGAGGAGUGCCGGAUCAUGUCCUCGGCGAAGCGCCCCCUGUGGUUGAACUGGGAGAAUCCUGACAUCAUGUCCGAACUUCUCUUCACCAACAACGAAAUCAUCUUCAAGAACGGAGACGACCUGCGUCAGGACAUGCUGACUCUGCAGAUCAUUAAGAUCAUGGAGAACAUCUGGCAGAACCAGGGCCUGGACCUGCGCAUGCUGCCGUACGGCUGCCUGUCCAUCGGAGACUGUGUGGGUCUGAUCGAGGUGGUGAAGAACAGUUUCACCAUCAUGCAGAUCCAGUGUAAAGGAGGCCUGAAGGGGGCGCUGCAGUUCAACUCCAACACCCUGCACCACUGGAUCAAAGACAAGAACCGCGGCGAGGCGUACGACCGGGCCAUCGACCUGUUCACCAGGUCGUGUGCAGGUUACUGCGUGGCCACGUUCAUCCUGGGAAUUGGAGAUCGACACAACUCCAACAUCAUGGUGAAGGAGAACGGACAGCUGUUCCACAUCGACUUCGGUCACUUCCUGGAUCACAAGAAGAAGAAGUUUGGAUACAAGAGGGAGCGAGUUCCCUUCGUCCUGACGCAGGACUUCCUCAUCGUCAUCAGUAAAGGAGUCCAGGAGUCCACCAAGACCAAGGAGUUCGAGAGAUUCCAGGAGAUGUGUUACAAAGCCUACCUGGCCAUCCGUCAGCACGCCAGCCUCUUCAUCAACCUCUUCUCCCUCCUGCUGGGCUGCGGCAUGCCCGAGCUGCAGAGCUUUGACGACAUCGCCUACCUGAGGAAGACGCUGGCCCUGGAGAAGAGCCAGCAGGAGGCGUUGGAGUAUUUCACCAAACAGAUGAACGAUGCUCAUCACGGAGGCUGGAGCACCAAGAUGGACUGGAUCUUCCACACCAUCAGACACAUGCCCAACGAGCACUGAUACAUCAUAUAUAACACAUUGUUAUAUACAACGCACGGUUUUAUAUAUAAACCGUGUGUUGUGAUGCUAUAUAUAUAUAUAUAUAUAUAUAUAUAUAUAUAUAGCAUCACAACGUUGUUGUGGGUUGGUUGUCACAGCAACAUGAAUCUCAGGGUCACCCGUCAGAGGGAGAGGAUGCCAAAGGCAUGCUGGGAAAAAAAAUUGAUGAUGAUGAUGGAGGUGGUGAUGAUGUCAUAAAUGUCUUCCAGUCAGUGCUACAGUUAGCCUGUUAGCUCUGCUAGCUGCUCUAAAUACAGUCAGAGCUUCUUAAAUGAAAAAACUUAGUCGUAGCGUACAUUUGAAUCAAACUUUAUUGAGAAUCAGCUGUGACAGUUUAUAAACGUAUGUUUGUUGGGAGAAUUCAAGUAAAACCAACUUUAUUGAAACCAGCAAAGUGAACUGUGGUCACUGUGAGAGCAAUAAAACUUCCUAUAACUGAUCAAUACUUACGACAAUCAGGAUUUUUGACCAAUAGGAAGGCAGAGCUGACCAGCUGUGGGCAGAGACCAAACUAACUGAUCAAUUAAAAAAAAGUAGAACAUGAUCAAACUGAUGAACAGUGAGUUUAGACUGAUUAUUUUCAUUUUAGAAAUUCAGCUUAAUUCAAUCCAACAAUUUAUGACUUUUUUUUCAAGAUGUGAUGUCUCUUAAUAUAUUAAUACGUAAGAAACUAAAUUCUCUUCAUCUUUCAACUUUUGAGAUUGAGCAAUUUUACCUUAAUUUAUUGACAUUUUCUCCCAAAACUUAAUUCUUUGAAAUAUUAAUGAAAAAAAGUAAAGUAAUGAGAAAAGAGCUGAGUUAGUAUAGUAUAGUAUCAGUUUUCUCGUAAAUCAUUGUUGUAUUUAUAAAAACAUUGCAGUGUUUUCUCUUUAGAUUAUGUUUCUAUUCUCUACUUUUCCCUAAAAUCAGAUGUUCAUUUCUUAGUAGUAAAGAAUCCAUUAAGUUUUAAAAAUGAUUAUUUUUCCUCCACAAAUUUAAUCCUGUUGAUAUUUUCAUCUGUUUAUAAAAGUCUCCGUUCACAGCUGUUUACAAACUUAGAUUAACUGCAGAUGUUUGAAUCGACACUCUGCACUGAUCUGAAUUCAGUUUCUACUGAUUUCUACCGAACUGACAUAUCAUUUAGUUUUAUCAGGGAUCAAAAUCUGUGACGACAAUCUGAACCAAUCAGCUGCUCAUUAGCCGUUAGCUGGAUCAGGCGUUUGUUAGGCUAAUUAGCAUCGGUAGCCUGUUCACCAUAGCUAGCUUUAGUUAGUGAAGUGUAGCAUCAGUCUAAACCCUGCCUCUCCUCUCUCAGUCUCUGGGGGAGGGGCUAGGAGGUUUGUUUCUGCUCAGGUCAGAGGUCAGUCUAAGCCCUGACCUUUCAGUAACCAUGACAACCUGUGAAGCCCCCUGCUGCAUGCUGAUCCAUUUAUUGACUGAUGAUGUCAUCAAGUGUUCUGGUUACCAUGGUGACUGAACUGAGCAGAUGUGAUGGGCCUGUAGAGCCUCUACGCCCAUAUAUGGUGAUGAAGCUUCACUCUGACUUUUUAAACUGAACUUUACAACAGGUCACCUGAGGGGUGGAGCCUGAUGGGUGACAUCACAGUGUAGGAUCCAGGUGUGACACACAUUGAUCUGUCAGUGUUCAGUAACUGUGAUGUGACAAAGGGGAGACAGACAAAUAAAAAAAACUUAAACUAAAGCUCAUGUGAUUAAUUUCUGUAACUUAUGUCUUGAGAGGGUCUUAAUAGUCUUUUCUUUUCAAAAUGCUAAAAAAAUCUGACAGUGAAGAAAAAAUAUUCCAAUCUGCUUUCAGUGUAAAACAGCUUGUAUUUUAUAAAAGUUUUUCAUAAUUCUCCA